AUGUCUAGAAUUGCGUCCACAGGGUCGCUGAAGUCGAGGCCUCCUGCCAUAUCUACCAAGUCCUUCACACGCUACGAACCGGACCCUCCCUCUCCACCUCUCACCAGAAGUCGAGCAAGCACCCUGCAAUCCUUCACAUCCUCAAAGUCACCCAAGAGGGACGAUGUCUUCGUGAAACCUAUUGAUGAAGAGAACGAGCCUCCUUCCCCCGAUCUGGCACGCUCUCAGACUCUCCCAGACCGGUUCGAUGAAUUGCCGAUAGAACUGGCCAGUCUGGCCGACAGAUUCGUGGAAUCGUUGGGCGCCAAAGUCUACAAUGAACCGCCUUCGAUCGACCAGCUCUCAGAGUUGUUCCAAGAGUUCUAUGCAAGAGCCAGCGGUGCUAUCUCAAUUCACAUUUCCGCUCUCAGAUCCCGGCUCAACAGAGAUGCAUCGCCUGGCCCAGCAAAAGGGUCAAGUUUGACACCCCCUACCAAGUUGACGGGCUCUCAACAGAUGUUGACAGCGUCCGAGGUGACAGAGAAGCGUAAGAAGAGGAGGCUUUUAGAGUACAAGAGGGUGCUUUUGGAGGAGGCAGUAGAAAAAAGAGUGUGCGAGAAAAUCUACGACAAGAUUUGGAGACAUAAGAGCACCCUAGAUGAGGUGAGGGACGAGAAGUUGAGAUCAAAAACUGCAGCAUUGUCGCUGGUAGGGAUCGGCUUGAAAGAUUUGGGAAUUGAAUGGAAUACAGAUUCGGAAAAGACGGUGGAGGACAUACAGGCUUCACUGAUACCGGCGAGGGAAGGGCUUGCAAAGAUGAAUGACGAACACUACCCUCUUGGAAAGUUGCAACAUUUGACCGCCGCCCAUAAGGCCAUCGUGGACACCUUGUCUUCCAUACACUCUUCUUCUUCAUCCGCCGACGAGAUCCUGCCGACUUUGAUCUAUACCUUGAUCACUUCACCCGUCGAGGGUAUUAACAUCAUCAGCAACCUCUAUUUCAUCCAGCGCUUCAGAGCGGCUCCUAAAGUCGACGGUGAAGCCGCCUAUUGCUUGACGAACCUAGAAGCUGCGAUUAGUUUUCUUGAGAAUGUCGACCUCACAAGCCUGAGAGCGGACGAGCUGCCCGAGGGACCGAAGAAGGCGCCUUCGCAGACAGGAUUAGAUAGUCCUACCAGACUCGAACCAUUCCCUCCCCUGGCUGGCACAGCAUCUAUGCCAGCUACCCCUACGACAGCAACUUCGAUGUCCAGUGCCAAGGGCACCAACGUUGAAGUGAGCCCUGCGUCGUCGAUCAUCAAACCGCUCCCCGAAAGAUCAGCUGCGGCACCGGCGACCCGCCAUCAACGCACUUUUUCCGAUCUCCUACAACCCAUAAGCAAUGCGAACGAAGCGGUACGCUCUACCGCCGAGGAGGGCUUCAAGAACAUUUCCAGCACUCUAGACAAUAGUUUCAAGUUCUUGAUGGGCAAGCUAAAAGAGAGAAGUUCUGGAGAUGCCAAUGCGGAAGUCGUUGUCCCUAAAACACUGGAUGAAGCAAGGCAACUCGUCAAUCGGCCUCUCACCCCCGACGAAGAUGAUCCUGCUCUGAGUGAAUCAAGCUCGCUUUAUGACGGUCAGCAUGCACAUAUACCUCCAAAUCUCACCAAAACCGAAGACAAAAUGCUAAGCCUGUUCGGAGGCCGGAAAGCUACUGCACGCGAGCGCAGCGUGGAUAGUACCACAAGCAGCGCAAGCGGCAAAAGAGGAGGCUUUGGCGGGCCGACCAACGCUUCACCACCUGCUGGAUUGGCAGGUUCACAAAAACCGGCUGCCCCGGUAACGCAGCCAGCCAGCAGCAAUCCUCUUGACUCUAUGAAGAGCUUUGGAACAAGCCUAAAUCCGAUCAACCAUAUCGGUUCGGCCAUUGGAGGAGCAUUCGGACGGUUCGGAAGUAGAUCCAGUGUGUCUGCGUCUCCGCCUUCUGUUCCUACACCGCCUGCGCCGACUAUUGUCCUUAACAAAAGUGCCACGAGUGGCGAACUCGGGUCGAAAGCAGAGAGCAAAGCAGAUGGAGUUAGGACUGUCCCACUCCGCGUUCCAGAUCAGAAAGAACUACCGAGUAUUAUGGCGGCUCCACCUAUACUGCGCUUCAUGUCAAUAACGGAUGCUAGUGAGCUGAAGAUCCGAGAUGUACAAGAUUUGCUUACGGAUUAUCAGCGCUUGGCCAAAGUAUUAGGCAAGCUCGUCCAGAAGGCGGAGGACGAACCUGAAACGGAUCACACUGACGUCGAGAUUGAGGAGUCUGCGACCGGCAGCGAUCAUGAAAAGAUUUAG